GAUUGCUUUGGGCAGUGACGCAGAGAGGGAUACAGAUGCUCGACUACUUUUCCCGUUAAAUUGUUAGAAAUUCGCGCAGUUUGGACGAACCGCACGUUUAUUUCUUUAUCGCGAGGCUUCGCAUCGACGUGUCAGCUCGAGUAAAUGUAAAAGCGUGUGCUGGUCAAGCGAAAGCGCUUCUUUAUGUCGAUUUUGGUGUGGUGUCGUUGAUUAGGGGAAAAUAAAGAUGCCGCAGCCCAAAUCUCGAAAAAUCGCCGUGCUGGGUUACAGAUCCGUGGGGAAGUCCUCUUUGACAAUACAGUUUGUGGAAGGCCAGUUUGUGGACUCGUAUGACCCGACUAUAGAAAACACGUUUACUAAAAUGAUCACAGUCAAUGGCCAAGAGUAUCAUCUGCAGCUGGUCGACACAGCAGGGCAGGAUGAGUACUCCAUUUUUCCUCAGACCUAUUCCAUAGACAUCAACGGUUACAUUUUGGUGUACUCUGUUACGUCAAAUAAAAGUUUCGAAGUAGUAAAAGUUAUUCAUGAAAAAUUGCUGGAUAUGGUGGGGAAAGUACAAGUACCAAUAAUGCUGGUGGGAAAUAAAAAAGAUCUCCACAUGGAGCGUGUCAUCAGCUGUGAAGAAGGCAAAGCGUUGGCAGAAUCAUGGAAUGCAGCGUUCAUGGAGUCCUCUGCAAAAGAGAACCAGACUGCAGUAGAGGUGUUCAAGAGGAUAAUCCUGGAAGCCGAGAAGAUAGAUGGGGGAGCCCCUCCGGGCCGGACACCCUGCUCGCUGAUGUAGAUUCGCACUCCCUGCCUGUCCUGACCACUGGAGGACACACACGGACCUUUCUGGAGAACGCUUUCUAUCAGUCCUUUAGUUAAGGGAACACUUGAAUUUUUGGCUUGGGUCAGGGCGAGGUGUCAGGGUUCAGCUUGAGGGUUUGGAUUGGGUUUAACAGUUAGAGUUAAGCACAGCUAAUGAUAAAUGUUCACCAGAAAAGUCUGUUUGGAGUCCACUACCCCACCCGAACUCCCCACAACCCCCACCUCCUUACCACAACACUGGACACUGGGAAAUCCCUCUACUUGAAGUGGCUAACUGCCUGUUUUCCUCCAUCAAAAUGUUGACUUUUCUUUUUAACCUUCUUUUUUAUACUUCAUUUCAUUUUAAUUUUUGUUGUCUAUUUUUUUUUUUUAAUAUUCUUUUGGAAAAUACACUGACUCCUCAGCUGCACUCCUCUCUUCAUCUCUCUCUUUCUCUCUCCCUCCAGCCAUCCCUUCUUCUCCACUACAAGCAAACCCCUAUGAAAUACUGAGCCUUACUUUCUCACCGCUCAUCUCCCCUCAUCUCUUUUCUACCCUUCUCUUUACUCCCAAAUCAUUAUCAAUUUGUAUAUUGUAUUUCUUAAACAGUAAUAAUGGCCAAUAAAGUUUCCAGCAUUCAUUCUCCUAUGUAAUGAAUGAUGUUUAACUUUUUUUGAUUGUAAUCAUUAAAUGCAGCAUUUUGUUUCA